AGUAUCAAGAAGGUUCCUCUAUUUUCAUAUUUAACCUAGCUAGCCUGUUCCCACAGGAGAAGGAGGAUAAUAUUAAGAACCAUGGAAGUGGAAAAUAUCAGUAGCGUGAUCAAUAAUAAAGAGGAAGAAGAUGAUGUUCCACUUCCGGGGUUCCGGUUUCAUCCGACUGAUGAAGAACUUGUGGGGUUUUAUCUUAAAAGGAAAGUCGAAAAGAGACCGGUCCGUAUGGACCUUAUAAAACAGGCUGAUAUCUACAAGUAUGAUCCAUGGGAUCUUCCAAGUAGUAAUGUAAAAGACAGGGAGUGGUACUUUUUUUGCAAAAGAGGAAGAAAAUAUAGGAACAGCAUAAGACCUAACAGAGUGACAGAUUCUGGAUUCUGGAAAGCCACUGGUAUUGAUAGACCAAUUUAUUCUUCGGCUGGAGAUUGCAUUGGACUAAAGAAAUCCCUUGUCUACUAUCGUGGAAGCGCCGGAAAAGGCACCAAGACUGAUUGGAUGAUGCACGAGUUUCGCCUUCCACCCAGUGAUGAUAAAAGCAACAAACAUAUUGAACCCAAAAGCCUUGCUGAUCAAGAAGCUGAAGUUUGGACGCUAUGUCGAAUUUUAAAGCGGAAUGUUUCCUAUAAGAAGUACAGACCAGACUGGAGAGAUGUCUGUGCCAAGAGGAAUAUCAGUAUCAAUCCAGUUGAUGCAAGCUCCAAAACAUGCAGCUUGGAGUCUGAUCAUAAUAACCAAAGUUAUAUCAGUUUCGAUGCUCCAAUAAUUCGACAAAAUGAGAAGAAACCCUAUCCUUAUUUUGGUGAUAAUAUUGGAAACCAACAAUAUUUAGGCCAUUUCAGCUCAGCUUCUCAGGUGACACCUGCUGCAUCAUCCUUCUCCAACUCUAUGUGUUCAGACUUUUACGACCUCUUAAAGCAUGCAGAUUGGGAGGAUCUUAGAUCGAUUGUGGAUUGUGCUGCUAAUCCUUUCUAUUUGUAAAACUUUUAUGUCAUAAAUAUUUGUGUUAAUUUGUAUCAGUGACUUUAUUUAGCGGAUAUAACAUUUGGAGAAUAUAUCUCUGUAUGUGGGAUUUUUACAUUUCAAUAAUGUAUAGGUUUUUUCAAUAUGCCAGUGUCUUUAAGGUUAGCUUUGUGUUCUUACUUCUUCGGAAUUAGGAUUUUCUGGGUUCUUCUAAACUAUUGAUACGUGACUGUAAAUGUUGUAUGUUUGCUUC